UUAAGCCGAGCUUUAUGAAGUGGACCCCACCACCGUGACAUCUAGCUGUAAAGAAAAGAGCUGAAAACAGACAGCCGGUUCGGUCCAGUUGGGUUAGCCGAGUUAGUCAGCCGCCUUUAGCCCCACGUAACCUUCCAAGAAACUUUCUCUAUUUACUCAAAAAUAAAAACAUCUCUUUUUCACUUAAUUUUACUUGUUUUUCACAAAUAAAUCAUCAUUCAAAAAAAUCAUUAUUUUAUAAAAUAUAAUGUUCAUCUUGCUCCUCUAUAUAUACGCUUUGCCCCCAAGUCAAAAAAACAAAACUUGCAUAGUAUUACUUACAAAAAAAACGUGUAACACACACACACCUGACACCACCAUGGUCACCGCCACAACGCAAGAGAAACCUGGUCAACAAACUACACCACCGCCGGCGCACGUAGAGUUGAUGAUCGAUUCAACGGUCAUCUCCCACGGUGGCGCCACCCAUGAUGGCAUUUGGAUAGUAAUCAAAGCGAUGGUAUUUCCGAUCAUAGCGAGGUUCCAUGCAGGUUACUUUCGUAUAAGUCUUUCGCUCUGCUGUCAAACCCUACUCUGGAAAACUCUAGGCGAGCCACCGGAAAACGCCCAUGCUUACCGGAGAAUGCUGGGAGCAAUGCCCUCCGCUGCAUUCCUCCUGCUGUGGUUCUUAUCGUUGCUUAUUCUUGUAUCCCUCUCGAUCUUAUAUAUUUUACGAUGUGCUUUACUAUCCGACAUGGUUAAAAACGAAUACCUAAACCAUAUCAGUGUGAAUUACCUUUUUGCUCCAUGGAUUUCAUGGCUGCUUUUGCUCCAAACGUCGCCAUUCUUCGAUCCAAAAACUGUGUAUUAUCUUUUUCUUUGGUGGGUGUUUGUUCUUCCGAUAUUCAUUCUUGACGUAAAAAUAUACGGGCAGUGGUUCACGAAAGGGAAGAGGUUUCUGUCAACGGCGGCGAAUCCGGCAAGCCAACUUUCGGUGAUCGGAAACUUUGUGGGAGCACGAGCAGCAGCGCAGAUGGGAUGGAGAGAGAGUGCCAUAAUCAUGUUUACGUUGGGAAUCAUACAUUAUCUCGUGCUUUUUGUGACACUUUAUCAAAGAUUAUCGGGGAAUAGCUGCAUGCCGGCGAUGCUCCGGCCGGUUAUGUUCUUGUUCAUCGCUGCUCCGAGCAUGGCGAGCUUAGCUUGGGACUCCAUUUCUGGGAGAUUUGAUUGUUCUUCAAAAAUGCUUUUUUAUCUUUCUCUCUUUCUCUUCCUAUCUCUGGUAUCAAGACCAUCUUUGUUCAAGAAAUCAAUGAGAAAAUUUAAUGUGGUAUGGUGGGCGUAUUCAUACCCAUUAACAGUGUUGGCACUGGCAUCAACCGAGUAUGCACAAGAAAUGAAGAGUAACGUUGCUCAUUUGCUUAUGCUUGUUCUUUCAGGACUUUCGGUAUCAGUGUCAUGUAUUCUGAUGAUUUAUACUGCUCUGAACACUAAUAUGUUGUUGCCUCGAGAUGAUGACAAUGAAGAUAUGAUAUCCAUGACUCUAAGGCAUACUACUAUCAAUAGCACGAAUUUAGAUUUGAUGAUUUUGUAAUCAUUCGAUAAUGUUGACCUUUAACUAUUCAUGAAACAUUAUCAUCCAUCCUAAACUUAGAAGUUAGAAACAUAAUUGUAAUUUUAUGUUAUUAAGUGGAUUCUAUAUAAAUUAUGAUGCAAUCCAUGUAGGAAAAGGAAAGACAAAUUUAAAGAAGGGAUAAUGAUUUAAAAGGGUAAUAUAUUUUUCGAUUUGUAUACAUUUAGUCACUAGGUCUUUUUUUCGUCCACAUUUAGCCCUUCAACUUGUUAAACUGUACACAUUGAAUACUUAUGACUGGUUACUCCAGGGUAGCCAAGAAAAAUGAUUUAAUAGAAUAAUAUAUUUCUCA